UAUUUCCACCUCCCAUUUAAGGUGCGGAAGAAGAACAGGUGCGUGAAGAAUCUCCGAGAAGCUUUAGCUAUAAAUUGAACUAGUCACCGUUGCUUGCUAACUUAUUUUCAGAAAGCUAAGGAAUCCCUCAAUAGAUAACGGAGGAACUAACUUUAUCAGCGACCCCGCGAACUUUGCCGAACCGCGUCGGAGUGUGAGGAGUGGGGGGGAUUUGUACCUUCACAGCAGGUGGACGUCGUCUUUGUUGAUUCGCAAGUCAAGUCGAAGGAGAAGCGGAAAAUGGCCAACUCGGGCUUGCAGAUUUUGGGAUUCGCCCUGUCUCUUCUCGGCGUAAUUGGACUGAUAGUUGGCACAAUGUUGCCCCAGUGGAAGAUGUCCGCUUAUGUCGGGGACAACAUCAUCACGGCGAUAUCCAUGUACGAGGGACUGUGGAUGUCCUGUGCGUUCCAGAGCACAGGCCAAAUGCAGUGCAAGGUCUACGACUCCAUCCUGCAGCUCAACAGUGCCCUCCAGGCAACCCGCGCCCUCAUGAUUGUGAGUAUCAUCGUAGCGGCGGCUGGCUUGGGUGUAGCCUGCAUGGGAAUGAAGUGCACCACCUGUGGAGGAGAUGACAAAACAAAAAAGUCCAAAAUUGCCAUGGCUGGUGGCGUUAUCAUCCUGAUUGGAUCUUUGUGUGCCAUUAUUGCCUGCUCUUGGUAUGCUAACGACAUCAUCAAGGCCUUCUACAACCCUUUCACCCCCGUCAACACAAAGUAUGAGUUUGGGUCUGCCAUCUUCAUUGCCUGGGCUGGAUCCUUCCUGGCUAUCGUGGGAGGUGGCAUGCUGGCAGCGUCCUGCCCAAGAGGAAAACCAUCCGCCAAACCCAAGUAUCCCAUCUCCAGACCCGCCAGCAGCAAGGAAUAUGUUUGAGCAGGACUCGACUCACUGUUAGAGGCUGAAGGAACACUUUGAUAUUUGUGCUAGUCCAACUCAAAGAUUUUUUUUUUUUUUUGUUGAAAAUAUGAAAUGCUAGGUGAUCAGUACUUGUUUUUAUUUAAUAUUUUUAGUUUCUUCAGGGAUACCCUGGGAUGUUACUGUAAUAUUUUAACAAACUCAUUCAAGUUUUAAAUAAUG